AACGAAAACGUAAAUGCGAAAGGCAGUGAAAAAUUUAAACGAAACAACAAAUGCUUAUAAAUUCAAUGGAAUAUCAUAGUUAAAAGAUCGAUUCAUGUUCAACCAGCCAAUUACAAUAACCAAAUACCACAUUUUCCAUUUGCAAUAAGGUCGAAUUGUUAACGCCAACGAAUUUGCGUGCGUGAGAGUUUUUCUUUAGUGCGUGGUAAUUGCGUAUUAAACAACAACAGCAAAAACGGAGCAGCUCGAAAACAAAAACUGCAAACGCUGGCAAAAACCUGAAAAACUGAACAAAGAAACAAAAAGAAGAAAAACAGAAUUAGAGAAAUAAACAUUUUUGCAAAAUUUGUAUUCGAUUAGCUUAUAUGGGUUUGACAGAUCAAGAUUGGAUUGGGAGCGCGGUCAGUUUGACCUGCGACGACGAGCUGGGCAUAUUCCAGGGCCUGAUCAAGAAGAUCUCCGCGGAGGAGAUAACGAUCGUUCGCGCCUUUCGCAAUGGCGUCCCUUUGCGCAAACAGAAUGCAGAAGUGGUGCUCCGAUGUGCUGACAUCAAAGCCAUCAAUUUGAUUGAGCCCGUCAAGGAUGCUGAGACGACGGCGCCAACGGUGAUUAACAAACCGACGCCAGUUAAAUUGCCACAUUUCUCCAACAUACUCGGCAAGCAGCAGCAGCUCCAACAACAACAGCAGCAGCAACAACAACAGCAGCAGCAGCAACAACUGCAAUUGCUGCAGGAGAGCGAUCAGGAGUUACCUUCGACGCCUCGAACCAAAGUCAACGGCAAUUAUGGCAGAAAUGGAGGUGGAGGUGGCGGAGGCCUCGGCAACUCGGCACUGAGUGACAAAAUGCACCAACUUAUGCUCAGCACAAAUCAGAAUGGAUCCAAUGGCAUGCGCAGAACACCGCAGAGCUCAGGUGCAUCGAGUGCUGUACAACAGCAGCCGCUGCCGCAGCAGUCGACGACGCCGAAUAGUGUUGCAGCCUUUUUUGGCAACAUGAUACCGGCCAAGGUGGAGGUGAAGCUGGGCAGCACGGCCUACAAUGCAGGCGGAGGAGGUAGCUACAGCAACAACAACAACUUGGGGAGCAACUGCAGCAGUAGCGCUGAUGGCAGCUGUGGCAACGGCGAGGCAGCUGCUGCUGGCAACAGCAACAGCAGUCGACCUAUUGAUAUCAUAGGGCACAGCAACGGUGGUGGUUUCUGUAACCAAGCAUCUGUCAGCUAUGGCAAUGGCAAUGGAAUUGGCAAACGCAAUGGAAAUGGCAAUGGCAACGUCAACAGCUACAACUCCAACUCUUAUACGGCUAAUGGCAACGGCAAUGGGAAUGGGAAUGCAAACGGGAAUGGAAAGAAUGGUAAGCGGGGUGGAGGAAAUCGUGUGCGACGCGAGAGCAGCAUACGACAGCAGCAACAGCAGACAUUUGGCAGCGAAGCAGAUGAUCCGCUGCUGCACGAGGAGUUUGACUUUGAGGGCAAUCUGGCGUUGUUCGAUAAGCAGGCCAUUUGGGAUGACAUCGAGUCGACGCACCAGAAACCGGACGUAGUCCGCCAUGCUGUCCACGCUCAGAAGCAGAAGAAGUAUAGACACGAUGAGAACAUUUUGGUUAGCCAACCGUUGCAGUUGCGUCAGAUCGAGAGCAUCUUUGAUGGCGGCAAAGAUUUUGUGACCGAUGAUGGCCUCAUCAUACCCACCAUACCGGUCUAUGUGCGCAACCGGAUCGAGCUGAGCGCCGAGAGAGCUGGCCUAUCGCAGCAGCGACAAAUUGAUAUACUGGCGCGUGGCGCCACCGAUUUAGCCAUCACAUUGCUCGGCGGCGCUCGCCGCUUGACACCGGCCAACAAUCAUCAGUGGCCCAAGAUUGCCAUCAUUUGCGAUGGCGUCAACACAAUGAGAACAAUCAACAUUGCAUGCGCAACGGGUCGUCUUUUGGCCUCCCAUGGACUAACCGUGCUGCUCUAUGUGGAGCAGGCGGAGCUAAUUGAGCAGAACAGCAACUUGGAAGUAGCCUUGUUCAAGGCUACUGAAAAUACCAUAGUGCAUUCGGUGGACGAUUUGCCUACGCCAGAUCUUGUGAUAGUUUCGACAAAUACCGCUAAUCUUUCGGAUGCAAUUAAGAAAUGGCUCAGCGUUAAUCGCGCAUCAGUGCUUGCCAUUGAUCCGCCACCGUGUGGCAUUAAGGAUGUUGCUAUCAAGUACUCAAUAUUACCCAUAUUACCAUUGAUCCAAGAUACGAGCAAUUCGGCUGCUGCUGGUGCUGCUGCUGAAACAACACCAACAAAAACAUCAACGAAUAAUUGUGGCAAACUGUAUUUAUGUAAUUUAGGUAUACCAGAUAAAUUUUAUCGUGAUUGUGGCAUUAAGUACAAAAGUCCAUAUGGACAUAAAUAUGUGAUACCGAUUCACUCAAAGGACUGAAACAACGAUAAAAACAGCACACACACAAAAACAAAAACAACAGCAACAACAAUCAUCAGCAACAACAUUAAGAGAAGAUUACGAAGAAGUAGAAGGAAGAACAACACAAACACAAAAACAAACAAAAAACCAAUCAUAAACAGCAACAACAACAAAAGCAACACUCAACAAACAACACACAUGUGAUGAUCAUCAAAGUCCAGUUUCCUGUGAAUCUAACAACUAGCUCUUAGAAGUCUCUCAUAAACAUAACUCACAUUAGUUUUUAUCUACGGCGCAUAUAGUAUAUAUAUAUAUUUAGUUUAAGCACUUAGUUUAUGCAUACAAAUCGUUUUAAUUGAUCAGCUGCCCUAGAAUAGUGCCGAACUACAUUUAUAAUCGUAUAUAUUUAUUUUCAAUUUUCAAUUUUUUUUUUCUUUGUACAGACCCUCAAUGCUAGUCGAGGCAUAAUUGAUUUUUGUUUUGGCGCUCGCUUGAGAGAUGUCUAAAUUUGUCUGAAUUUCCAAAUUAUAUUAUUUUUAGGACCACAUUCUUCCAUAUUUGAUGCUCCCACCCAGCAACUAUCCCAUAAGCGAGUCUAUAGCUUUAAUUUUUAUAUAUAUUAUGCACUGGACAACUAACCAAAAGGACCAUUCCCCCCAAAAAUAUAACUGGUCUUCAGAGCAAUACUUUCAAAUAUGCAAAAACCGAAAAGAAAAACAAAUACGUAUAUAUAUAUAUAUCUAACAAUUGUAAAUAAUUGUAUAUUUGCAUAAUUGUUUGUAUAAUAUGUAUAUGGGAAGAACUCAAUUAAAUUGAAUUAGUGAGAUUGAGUGUGAAGUAUGCGCAAUACAUGCCAAAUUAAAUGUCUACUUUUUAAGCAAUAAAUCAACAACUAUUAUAUAAUAAAUUCAUAAACAAUACAAUACAAUACAAAUUACAAAUCAGAUCGAUAAGUUAGUUUCGUAAGUUUAAAGUGUUUAACAAAAAAUGACACAUUAAAACAAAAAAGCAAAAAUUUUAUUUGUAUUCAGAGUUUAGUAUCGUAAGACAAAAGUUUAAGCCGUAAGAGCGAAAAAACAAAACCUUAUUUUGUACUCCCAACGAAUACGGAAAAGAAAGAAAAACAACACAAACACAAACAAAAACCAUAUUUCAAAUGUAUCGCGAUGAGUUUUACAAAACCAAAUUGAACAAGUACUAUAUCAAAAUCCAAUCUAAUAGUGAAAAUGUUAGCCUUUGCAAACUUAAUAUGGCAACCAAAAAACCUUAACUAAUUGUUGUAAAAAUAUUAUAAUAUAUAGAUUCUAAAUUUCAAUUGUUGAUGAUCAGUCUGCGAAUUUCAAUUUGCAACCAAUUGUUUCAUACAUAAAAACAAAAAUGGAAGAAAAAAAAAUGAAAAUACAAAGCUACAGUUUUAUGGGCUUUCCCCGAUGGAAAUGCGUUAAGACUGUUUUGAGUUAGGAGAAGAGAAGUUGUCAGGACGUUGUGGCAGAAGUUGAGAAGGUUAUUACCAACAGGAACAAAAACAAAAACACACACAACAAACACACCACAGAAUUUUGAUAA